AUGCCUGGUACUGCCUCCAGACCCAGGCCACUGAGACUCCGGAGACUCGACACGGGAGAAGCAAAUCGGCCGCUCUUAUCGAAUAGCGAAAUGGGCAAAGGCGAAGAUCCCGAGGGCAACGAGUCGCCGCCCGACAGCCCCAAUUCCGUGGAAGAUGUCGGCGCAAACAGCGAGCAGGUGCUCUUCGAGAAGAAGUGUAUGCUCAUCAACCGCGAGAUUGAUGAGAAUGGAUUUGGCCGCUACCAGUGGCAGAUCUGGGGCUUGUGUGGUUGCGGAUACAUGCUGGAUCUCCUCUGGGCACAGGCGUUUGGCCUGCUGCUGAAUCCGCUGGAGCAAGAGCUGGGGUUUGCAGGCGAUCAGUCAGGAAACAUCUCCGUCGCCUUCUCGGCUGGCUUGACAGCCGGUGCCUUCUUCUGGGGAGUCCUCGUGGACAUUAUCGGUAGGAAGUGGGCUUUCAACCUCACCGUGCUCGUGGCUGCCAUAUUCGGCACUGCGCUGGGUGGUUGCAACACAUACAAUCAGUUUCUGGUCAUCACCGCCUUCACUGGAUUCGGUAUCGGAGGCAAUAUCCCCAUCGACACCACCAUUACGCUGGAAUUCAUCCCUCAGAAUAAGCGCUUCAUGCUGGCCUUGCUGUCCAUUUUUCAGCCUGUCGGUGUCGUCCUCACAUGCGCAAUCGCGUACGGAUUUGUGCCAACCUAUUCUUGCAAGCCAAACUUCUCCGCCGGGGAUCAAGCGUUGCCGUCGUGUAACAGUGUUGCCGCAGGACAAGCAUGCUGCACGAAGGAGAGCAAUAUGGGCUGGCGGUACACCCUGUACACUCUAGGCGGCAUCAGCUUCUUCGUCUUCAUUUGCCGAUUCGUCUUUUUCCGCUUCAAGGAAUCGCCAAAGUUUCUGGUCUCCCGUGGACACGACAGGAAGGCGAUCGAAGUGUUGAAGCAUAUCGCGAAGGUCAAUAAGAGAGAAUGUGGAGUCUCGCUUGCUGACUUCGAGUCCUUGACGGAGCAGCACAAGUUGACAAACGCAACACCAGGACCGGAGCGGCCGAAGACGCGGCAGGAGAAGAUAGCCGGUCAGCUCGCGCGGUAUCGGGAGCUGUUCAAGAACUUCACCAUGAUCCGUCUGACUACUCUGGUAUGGCUGACGUACGCUUUCGACUUCUGGGGCUUCACUCUUGCUGGAACGUAUCUGCCCCAGAUCUUGGCUAUCAAGAAUUCCAGCAUCAACGUUCCGCUGGAGCAGACGUACAGGAACUACAUCGCUAUCUAUGCGCCCGGAAUUGUGGGAGUCGUAGCUGGAUCCUUGAUGUACCGUGUCCCUCAAAUUGGACGUAAGCUUGCCAUGAUGGUCGCCUCCGGCCUCAUGGGAGCCUCCAUCUUCAUCUUCAGCACCGUCAACACCCAGGCCUCUAACAUUGGUCUCAACAUGAUGGAGUACUUCUUCCAGAGUAUGUUCAAUGCGGUCCUCUACGGAUGGACUCCGGAGGCGUUCCCUGCUUACAUCCGUGGCACGGCGUCUGGUAUCGCGGCCUUCUGGGGUCGACUCUUCUCCAUCCUGGCACCACUUACGGCUCAGUCGCUCAUUCCGAAGAAGGGACUGUCGGCUGAUGAUCCGGCUCUGAAUCAAGUCCUGUACUUGGCUGGAGGUUUAACGCUAGGUUGCGUUCUCACUACUGCUUUGCUGCCGAACAAGAACCUUGGCCAGCAGAGUUUGUAG